AUGACCUACUUUGCAGGGAUUUCCAGGCAGGAGCUUGGGAGCAAGCUGGAUCCCACUUUUCCGCAGGAUAUUAAUGGGACAGGACAAUGCUUGGAUAUAUCGAAAUCCCUGGAAAAGUAUUACCUUUCCACCAUGUACUCUCUUGAAUUCAUAUUUGGCAUCACCGGCAACAGCGUGGUUGUUUUCGGCUACAUAUUCUGCCUCAAAAACUGGAGAAGUGGCAACAUUUACCUAUUCAGCCUAACUCUGUCAGAUUUUGCAUUCCUUUGCACCCUUCCAUUGCUGGUGUCAAGUUACUCUAGCGGAACGUGGUCCUACAAGAUCAUCUGGUGUCAAGUCAACAGGAUCCUUCUACAUGCCAAUUUAUACACAAGCAUCCUUUUCCUUUCCUUUAUCAGCAUUGAUAGAUACCUACUCAUGAAAUAUCCUUUCAGAAAUCAUUUUCUGCAGAAAAGGAAAGUGGCUGUUGGUUUCUCCAUUGCCAUAUGGGUCUUGGUUUCACUGGAAUUGCUCCCCAUGUUAAUCUUCAUAAAAUUACAGAAUGUCAACAGCACUAGCAAAUGUAUGGACUAUGCAAGUUCAGGAGAUGCAGUCCAAAGCCUGAUCUAUAGUGUGAUCUUGACAAUUGUUGGUUUCAUAAUUCCUUUGUGCAUCAUGUGCUUUUUUUACAUCAAGACACUCAACUUCCUUAAAAGCCGCAGCUCACAGCUCACUGCAGCCUUGACUCUUGAGAAACCUCUCACAUUAGUCAUCAUGGCUGUGAGUAUCUUUUCACUGCUGUUUAGCCCCUAUCACAUCAUGCGCAAUGUUAGAAUUGCUUCUCGAACAAAAUUAUGGGAGCUUUCCCAGUGUACAAGAAACAUAAUCCACAUUGUUUAUAUUGUAACAAGGCCUGUUGCUUUUUUGAACAGCGUAAUUAACCCCAUCUUUUAUUUCUUCAUGGGAGAUCACUUCAGGGACAUGCUGAUAAGCAAAGUAAGACACAUCUUUACAGGACCUACACCUUGUUGCAAAUGA